AUGACAAAAGUGACAAUAUUAGGGGCUUCAGGAGGUGUAGGACAACCAUUAUCUCUCUUACUAAAAUUAAGUCCCUACAUUACAGAGCUAUCAUUAUACGAUCUAAGAAACGUAGAAGGUGUAAGCAAAGACCUUUCUCACAUAAAUACCAAUUCUAAAUGUACAGGGCAUGGUGAAAUUGACAUUGAAAAGGCAUUAAAGGGUGCAAAUUUGGUGAUCAUACCAGCUGGUGUCCCCAGAAGACCUGGUAUGAGUCGUGACGAUUUAUUUAAGAUCAAUGCUAAGAUUGUCAAGAGUUUGGUUAGUUAUACUGGUAAAUUUGCACCAGGGGCAAGAAUUUUGAUUAUUUCUAACCCGGUAAAUAGUAUGGUCCCCAUUGCGGUGGAACAAUUGAAAUUGAUGGGUAAAUUCCAACCGGGGAAUGUCGUUGGGGUUACCAUGUUGGAUUUGGUACGUGCUGAAACAUUCGUUGUAGACUUCUUAGGUGAGGAUUCUACAUUGGAUAAGACCAAGAUGGAUAAGGAUAUUACUGUUAUUGGGGGUCAUUCAGGGAAUACUAUUGUUCCAGUGUUCUUAAAUAAGAAACUGGGUGAGACUUUGAAAAUGAAAAAAUGUUAUGAUGAAUUUAUUCAUAGAGUUCAAUUUGGUGGUGAUGAAGUUGUGAAGGCAAAAGAUGGGGCUGGUUCAGCUACAUUAUCAAUGGCGUUGGCAGGUUAUAAAUUUGCGGAAGAGAUUUUGAGAAGUUUGCAUAAAGCCAAAAGUACAAUGACCACUAUCCCUGCAUUUGUUUAUUUGCCAGGUAUUUCUAAUGGUAAGGAAGUUCAAGAGAAGGUGGGUAACAAAAAUCUAGAAUAUAUCGCAUUACCUGUUAAUUUGGUUUAUGGUAGUGUAGCAAGUAUAGAUACUACUGUUUUAGAUAACUUGACUUCAGAGGAAACUAAACUAUUGAACAUUGCCGUGAAGGAAUUGAUUGGUAACAUUGAUAAAGGUAAGAAAUUCAUCAUUGGAGCAUCCAAGUUGUGA